UUUGGGAAUGGCCUUAGACGCUACAGUCAGUGGCACUGCCCCGGGGGCAGUUAACCUAACAUAAACACAACAGAAUUCAGGGAAGUGAAACCCCGUUUGUUGUUUCACCUUCUCCCAUCCUGGAUCUCCUAUAUUGGAUAAUACUGGAUCCCCUAUAUUGGAUAUCCCAUAUUGAAUAUUGAUUUCCCCAGCACUUCCAGUUCGGCUCCAACUGGGCCUGUACCCCCAACCGUUGAACAGAUCUAUCGUUUAUUUUCCGCCUCUAUUGGCUCGCCGACAGUGCUACUGACAGUGGGGAUUGUGUGACCUGUGCGCUACAGUGACCCUACAAUAAAACCAAGAGAUUCUCCAGACGGCGCGUGUGUUGGCACAUAUAUACACAUCCAAUGGCAGGAACACUAUCACCUCGACCGAAAUCGUCAGGUCAAACACAUUCAGAGCUACACAAUCUGCAGGGAUGUUCAAAGUCAUUCCAGAGCAUGAAUUUGACCAGACGACGUCCUUGAACAACCCAUCAGAACGCUUCCAGGUUACCGACGGGACGUCAGUCAGCCAGUUACCGUCUGGUACGUUUAACGAUAAUGUCCUCCACCAUUUGGGCGGGAAACCUCCAGGUGACCACGAUGUACUCACACGCCCCACGUCCAACCUACAGCGCCGGUGGAUGCACAACAUUUACCAGAAGCGGGCGAAAGAUGGCUUCCGAUACUGGCUCAUCAACAGACCCCAUCCAACAAACUUUGGCAAGUAUGGCAUGGGCUCUUACAAGAUGGUGAUGGGUAUUGGAAUGGCACCCCGAACUUGAAAGACACAUCUAUUCAUGGCGUCAUUGCUUUAGCGGAAUGUUACGUUUUCAAUAGACCGAAAAAACCAAGACGUUGGAACAUCACUGAACAUUGCCAAAUGGCAUUUUGAUAAUUCUUAUUCAUGAUUGAAUUGGACACUGUUAACAACCAUGCUACCAUGCGUUUGUGGAAGACAAACCUACCCCGACUGUGUAUGCUAUGUAUAUUUGUGUUUUAUUCACUUACUUAAAUCAAAAUAUGUUAUAUUUGUUUUACCUAAUUAUUAGUAGAGUGGGGAUCAUCGUUAUUGCUUAGCAUCUUUUUGGGUUAGACAAAUAAGUAGAAUGCAACUAAGCUGAAUUGAUUAAACAUGACAUUAUUUUUCUUUCGUUUGUUUUUGUUUGAGUUUGUUAUUAUCUUUUACAUUUGUGUUUUGGUUGAGCAUCUUUUGUAUUGACUUCCCGAAAGAUAGGUGGGGAAAAAGAGGGGGGGAGGGGGGAUCAAAGUAGUUUUGUUGUGUGUGGUUUUUCUGAGGGGGGUGAGGGGAGAUUGUUUUGCUUUCUCUUUGAUGAAACAUUUCUUUCACUGCUUACAUUGUGAAAUGUAAACAAAUGAUUAUGUUUCAUGUAGUGUAAUCAAAAUGAGUUUCUGUGCGUGACGACAUAUUAUCACGACACAAUGCACCCAAGAAGCUAAACGGUGAUCAAUUGAAAUGCAUUCCUAUACCCAUUUAAGAUUGAGCAAUGUAAGUAAAUUACUAAGGUAGUAUUACCAAUAGCUAUGUACAGUGCUUGAUUUUGAAUAUUUCCUGCAUGUUCUAAAUCUGUCUUUAAAUUCUUUUUAUAUUUACAGUAAACUCUUGAAAUAGCUGUCAGCUCUGAAAGCUUUCUUAUAGCGUAUAAUUAAAUUUUUUAGCUUUUGUCCGCAAUAUCACCAUAAGUAUUAAAAGGUAUAUAUAAACAAGA